AUGAAUAGAAAAAUAAAAUAUUUUACUUUAAUUAAAACACUUAUAUUUAACCGUUUUAUUUCUAUAUGUUCUAAUUUAAAUAUUGUCUAUUUUACUUCUAAUAAUUCUUUUGAUAAUAAUAAUAGUGCAGAUGGAACAUCAGUUUAAUGAAGCUAAGGAUUAUUAUUGGAAAAUAAGAAGGGGAAAAAAAAAAGUAGGAAUAAAAAUUAUAGAUAUGAUGAUUUAGAAAAUGAAUACAAUAAUGGUGAAUUAGAAUAUGAUCGAAAAGGUGAAUCUGAGGAUAAAGAUAAUUCACGGGUUGCAAGUAAUAAAUUAGCUAAGAAGUGUGCAUCUGUUUUAUGUAAAACUUUUGCAGCAACAGAUAAUUUCAUUGAAAAAUUAUUAUAUAAGAAAUUUAGUCAUAUAUAUAUAUAUACAAGAAAUGUAUCAAUUCUACACAGGUAUUCUGCGUAUAUUAGUACCACUUUAUCAUUUGUUUUACAACGAAUAAUUUUUUUAACAAAACUUAUACUAACUUCUUUAACAUCUUAUUACAGAAAUGAUGGCGAUAAUGCGGAUUCACAAUUGUUUGUCCAUUUUUGUGUCUACAUUUUUUAA